AUGCGUAUGCGGUCCAACAAGUGCGUGUCAGAAGAAGCGAAAGGUAUGGAUGAAAAAUUCAGUAGGGAAAUUCUUGAAGUUGGAAAAGUAUCUACAAUCCUUGCGGGUCAAAUCAUUGGGUUUAACAAAAGGGAUUGUUGGAAUCACUUGCGCAAUGUUAGGCAUAAAAACUUAGAAGUUGGUGAUGUCCAAUCUGUUAUUGAUUAUUUGCACAGGAAACAAAAUGAGAAUCCUCAAUUCUUCUAUAGAGUUCAAGUUGAUGAGCAUGGUAGAGAUGUGAAUUUUUUCUGGGUAGAUGCGCGAUCACGUUUGUCAUAUCAACAAUUUGGUAAGGUAGUUUUCUUUGACACCACAUAUCGGACAAAUAAAUAUGAGAUGCCAUUUGCACCAUUUACGGAGGUGAAUCACCAUUAUAAAACUAUCCGGUUUGGUUGUGCCCUUUUACAAGAUGAUAUUGAACCUACAUUUUCAUGGUUGUUCAUUAUCUGGCUUGAAGCUAUGGGAGAGCAACAUCUGUCAGCCAUCAUAAGUGAUCAAGAUUCUGCAAUGGCCGAUGCUAUAAAGAAGGUUUUUCCAAACACACGCCACUGUUUAUGCCUUUGGCACAUAAAGAAAAAUUCUCCAGAAAAAAUAGCACAUAUUUAUUUUAAGAAGUCAAAGUUCAAGGGUGAUAUGAAAAUAUGUAUCCAUCGUACUUACAAAAUACAUGAGUUCGAAGAAAGGUGGGAAAAGAUGAUUGUUGCGUUUGAUAUAAGUAACAAUGAGUGGCUUAAGAAUUUAUAUGAGAUUCGAGAAUCUUCGGUACAUGUCUACUAUAGAAAUACAUUUUAUGCGGGUAUGAACACAACAGGUCGCAGUGAAGGUGUAAAUGCUUUUUUCAAAUCAUUUAUGUCGUCAAAAACCAAUCUCAAUGAAUUUGCAGUUCGGUACAAACAAGCUGUGAAAGAAAUUGUUGAUAAAGAAGACGAAGAGGAUCUUAUUGAAAAAGCGGGGGUCUAA